AUGGACCCCAUCAAUCUUCCCGCCAUCCAACCUUGCGUUUGUCCCGCACAGCAUCUCAAGGUCCACUUCCAGAACAGACCGGUGCAGGCCCCGACCGAUCUACCGUGGGCGCCAGCCUUACACAUCGCCUUAGCGCACCGCCAACUCGAUACAGCAGCGCUUCUGGUCGAUUGGGGCGCCGACCGGGCGACUGGACAACACGGUACGCACGGCAUUACCGCUCUAAUGGUUGCCAGCGCCAACGCUCUGCUGCCCUUCCUGGACCACCUGCUCGAUUCAGACCAAGCUUUUCGACACUCUUCUCACUUUCAUCCAGCCACAAUCAACUGGGAAGAUUCUUUCUCUAUCAGUAUGAAGGAUUACACCAUGGCAGUUCUCUGGGAACCCGAGUUGUCGGUACUGAACUUGGCGAAGUAG